CCUUUAAUUCUUGAAAAUCGCAAAAAAGAAAAAAAAAAAAGAAGAAAAAAAGAAACAUCUUUAAUUAAUCCCACCAAAUUAAUUUUUAAAAAAAUGGCUCCACUAAUAAUAUGUAAGAAAUCUUUAACUUCACUAGCAGAAGAAAAAUACGUCAACAAAAAAUUCAUCAGAGAUGAAGAUGAGAGGCCAAAGGUGGCCUACAACGAAUUCAGCGACGAUAUUCCGGUGAUAUCGCUCGCCGGAAUCGGGGAGUGUGGCGGCGAGAGGGCGGAGACUUGCCGGAAAAUAGUGGCGGCAUGUGAGGAGUGGGGUAUUUUCCAGGUGGUCGAUCACGGGGUUGACACGGAACUGGUCAAAGAUAUGACUCGUUCGGCUCGUGAGUUCUUCGAUUUGCCUGCUGAAGAGAAGCUUCGGUUCGAUAUGUCCGGAGGAAAGAAAGGUGGUUUCAUCGUUUCCAGCCAUCUUCAGGGCGAAGUAGUAAAAGACUGGCGCGAAAUUGUGACAUAUUUUUCGUACCCAAUUAAGGCCCGAGAUUACUCGAGAUGGCCCGACAAGCCAGAGGAUUGGCGAGCCGUGACAGAGGCUUACAGCGAGCAGUUGAUGGAACUAGGCUGCAAGUUACUAGAGAUUUUAUCUGAAGGAAUGGGUCUUGAAAAAGACGCGCUCUCUAAAGCAUGUGUGGAAAUGGAUCAGAAAGUGGUGGUCAACUUCUACCCAAAAUGCCCGCAACCGAAUCUCACGUUGGGGCUCAAGCGCCACACGGAUCCGGGUUUGAUUACGUUGUUGCUCCAGGAUCAGGUGGGCGGGUUGCAGGCGACCCGUGACGGUGGCAAGACGUGGAUCACGGUUCAACCCGUCGAAGGGGCUUUUGUGGUUAAUCUUGGUGAUUGUGGUCAUUAUCUAAGCAAUGGGAGGUUCAAAAAUGCGGAUCAUCAAGCAGUGGUGAACUCAAACUACAGUCGAUUAUCAAUAGCGACUUUCCAGAAUCCGGCUCCGGAUGCAAUACUUUACCCGUUGAAAAUCGAGGAAGGGGAAAAGUCGGUGGUCAACGAGCCAAUCACGUUUGCCGAGAUGUACAAGAAAAAGAUGACAAAUGACCUUGAGCUCUCUAAGCUCAAGAAAAUGGCAAAGGAAAACAAGUUGCAAGAGGAGAUCCUACAAAAAGUCAAAGUUGAAGCUCAAGUUAAGUCAUGCAAAAGUCUUGAAGAAAUUCUAGCUUGAUUAUUGGUAAAGAAAAUUAAAUUUAUAUUAGGAUUUGAAUUACGAAAUAUGUUUGAGUUGGGUGAAUUUGAACUUGUAAAAGAAAAUCGGGUGAAAACAGAUUGAUUUUUAAUUAAGUUUGCGGAAUAAAUAUUUAAUGCUCUAAAUGUAAUAUUGUAUUGAUGAAGUUCUGAGAAGUAAUAGUUUGAGCAGUAUGUUUGGUGCGUGUAUUGUAAGGUCAUAUUAUAAGGCCAAGUUUUAUUUUUUUUUAAUAUAAUUUGUGUAACACAAAAGUGUGAAAAUUUGAUGACAGUAUGAAAAUUUUCAUUUAAUUUCCGUUG